UCUGAGCGCCUGCGGUCUCCCGUGUGCUGCUCUCUGUGGGGUCCUGCAGACCCGGAGGGGCUCAGCUGCACUCAUCAGGCUGGGAGAGCUGGGUGUGGGGAACAUGGCCGGGCCCCCGAGGCUCCUGCUGCUGCCCCUCCUCCUGGCGCUGGCUCGUGGCCUGCCUGGGGCCCUGGCCGCCCAAGAGGUGCAGCAGUCUCCCCACUGCACGAUUGCCCCCGUGGGAGGCUCCGUCAACAUCACCUGCUCCACCAGCGGGGACCUGCAUGGGAUCUACCUGAGGCAGCUCGGGCCACAGCCCCAAAACAUCAUUUACUACGAGGACAGGGUGGUGCCCACUACGGACAAACGGUUCCAGGGCCGCAUUGACUUCUCGGGGUCCCAGGACAACCUGACUAUUACCAUGCACCACCUGCAGCCGUCGGACACUGGCACCUACACCUGCCAGGCCGUCACGGAGAUCAAUGUCUACGGCUCCGGUACCCUGGUCCUGGUGACAGAGGAACAGUCCCAAGGAUUGCACAGAUGCUCGGACGCCCCGCCGACAGGCUCUGCCCUCCCUGUCCCGCCGACAACCUCUGCCCUCCCUGCCCUGCCGACAGCCUCUGCCCUCCCUGCCCUGCCGACAGCUUCUGCCCUCCCUGUGGCCCUGGCAGUGGUCUCCUUCCUCCUCGGGCUGGCCCUGGGGGUGGCCUGUGUGCUGGCGAGGACGCAGAUGAAGAAACUGUGCUCGUCGCGGGAUAAGAAUUCGGCGGCGUGUGUGGUGUACGAGGACAUGUCCCGCAGCCGCUGCAACACGCUGUCCUCCCCCAACCAGUACCAGUGACCCAGUGGGCCCGGCCACGCCGCCCCCGUGGUCCCCCCAGCAUCU